AUGUUCGAGACCGACAUUGACAUUCUGUGUCCUUCUCAAUCUUCUUUUACCACCAAUGACAACUCUUCCAUUGACGACGCGAUCAAUGUUCAGACACACCUUGCGCAACAUCACCAGCAAAAGCUUUUGUUGGCUCUUAAUGUGAGAGCAUCGCUACUCGUGAAUGCCGAACGACUCGAUCUAGCAAGGAACGACGCCAUCGCUAUGAUGAAUCUAGCACCUUCUUCACCCUUGGGUUAUCUUUGUGCUGGUGGUAUCCAUUCAAUUCGCUUGAAUUACGCGUCAGCAAUCAAAACUUUUGAUGAUGGAUUUGAAACGCGUCGAGUCUUGUUUGAGAUUGAAUCCCCCUGGGAUGAUUAUUUUGAUGUAUCUCGUACAUGGCGACAACGUAUAGCGUUAGUGAGUGGAUUGCAUUACGAGAUUGGACCGGCAGCUUUAUCAGCCGAACGAUUUGAGCGCGUACAGGAUCUGGCACCUUUUAUGAGAUCAUUGGCAGUCAUACAGCCUUCGAAAGAGAUCUUAUCCAAAAUCACCGAACGGCGUCUUCGUAGAUUCAACGUAUUGAAUAAACUGCGUGUUGUUGAAUCCAUCUCACGAGGACCUACGUUGCUGCUUUCGUCUCUACGUUCAUUGAGCAACACAUUGACAGAGCUUGAUCUUGAAUAUGGACGCUAUUUACCAGCCAAGAAGCCUUAUCGAUUAUGCGACGUUUUGAAUGCAUGCCCCAAUCUUCUAUCCAUUCGAAUGUCGUGUGGAGACAUUGACAUGUCAUCGGCCACCAAGACCUAUCCCAAGAUCACCAAGUUGGAAUUGUGGAAUCGUGAUUCCGAAGUGACCAAAGACAUCACGCUCUCUCUUUUUGGACCCUUUCCCAAUCUACAUUACUUGAAAUUGUAUCCUCCAUUGGGGUCUUGUAUGCUUCCAAUAAUUGAUCAGCAUUGUCCAUUAUUACAGCAGCUCAUCUUGACGGGACGCACACCCGCUUUUUACGAUGUUGAUGACAUGCCAGAGGGAAAUACAGGUCUACGUCUUCUCAGUGUUCCCACCAAUGACUUUGAUGAUGGCUUCAAGGAGGACGAGAUGGUGCAAUAUUUGAUGAAACACAGCGAGACAUUGGAGGCCUUUGGUAUCGUAGCGUCAAGUGGAUUUAGUGAACCAAGCACAUUACUACAAGAUCCGGCAAGUCAAAAAGUGACAUUCAAACGAUUACGGCAAAUCAACUAUUUGGAUGAUUCUCAGGAGAGCUUGGUUUCAUUUCUUUUGUGGAUGAUACAACAUGCACCUUGUCUGGAAUCGGUGGAGACAGUUGCUGGCCUACGACAAGCACCCAUUAUGGAAGCAUUGACUCAACCUGAUCACCAGCAUAUCAAACGACUUGGUAUGAAAGUCAGCGAUUUUCCAGUGGAUGAGGAAGAUGAAUUGAUUCAGCAUCAUGUGGACCUUGGGCAGCAAUCGAAUCUGAAAGAAUUGAAAAUUGAUAUCCCAAGCCAAUUUGACUAUGAAGACUCUUGGAUUUCGCUUGUUCCUCGAUUAACGCAGCUGACCACCAUUGAAUUUUGCACCUCACACAUGAAUGCAUAUGGUUGUUUGGGGUCGUUCAUGGAACAGUUAGCUAAUGGAUGUCCUGCCUUGGAAAAGCUCAUCAUGUCAGACGAAUCACUACUUAUGACUUUCAGCGAUCUUUACCCCAUGCAUCGUCAUCGCAAUCUCAAGCAUAUCGUUAUCGAUUGUGAAGGCAUGUACGGUGGGUCCACGUUUCAACAAUUUUUCACCAAUAUCGAAUCAUUACACAUCAGUGCUCUUAGGUAUAGCUUGGAGGACAUUGAUAGAUUACAAAAGGCAUCCUUUAAAUUUGUGUUUACACAGAAACUAUCUGAUACUCCUUACUUUGUCAAUGAUAUUGAAGAUGGAUUUUAA